AUGGAGUCAUGGAGCAGUCUCUUGAGCAACCUCGAGUCCGACGAGAUUGAAAGCAUCUUCCUGUCCACCUGUGACCGUCGCCUGAACCAUCCCUCCCAAACCACGGAUCCGCCUUCUGAGCUCCCAAGACACGACAGCGCCAUCUCUGGUCUACCUGCAGAAAAAGACACGAGUAUCGAGCUUUUGCGACCACGCUGGGAGGAGGCCUCCACUGCACAUACAGAGACUACAAUCGUGUAUAGCAAGGAGAAGCCAUCACAAAAUGACUUUGACAAUGCCGUCUGGGUCAGCAUGAAGCAGAAUGGCAUCACACAAUACUGGGCCCCUCGCUACACCACCUCUCCCCACUACAACACCUCGGAAAGUGCCAGGAUACUGCAUAUGUCCAGCCUAAAAGCGACAGCGAACCCUCACAACGCCCACAAAGGAUGUGCAGCGGUGGAUCUGUCUGCAGGGAUUGGGUCUUUCGCUUUCAGCUAUGCAACAGCUGGCGUCCAAAAAGUUCUUUGCUGGGACGCGAAUCCCUGGAGUAUAGAAGGCUUGAGAAGAGGCGCGGUGAGGGACAGGUGGAACAUCCAAGUCCAUCAUGGAGAUCAGGCCGAAGAGAAGGCCGUGAAGGUGCACUCGAAGACCAGACUGGUCGCGUUCGUCGAAUCCAACGACAAAGCUGCUGCCAGAAUUCAUGGCUUGAGGCAGUCGCUACCUCCAAUUAGACACGUGCACUGUGGGGUCCUUCCAGGAUCGAACAGUUUGCUGGCGACGGCUGCGGCAGCUCUGGAUCCAAGACUUGGAGGAUGGAUUCAUCUACAACAGACCUUCCGAGCGGAAGAGGUGGUUUGUGGAGCCAACGAGACCAGAGUGGAUGUCGAAACCAUUGUCGAAAGGCUGGACAGGGAGAGAGGAUACUUGACCGAUGUCAAAGGCACCCCGAGGAAACCAAUAGUACAACACGUCCAGCGCGUAUGGUCGUACCGUCCAGGUACAUUCCACUGUGUAGUAGAUAUUCACAUCCCUCCAAUUCGAAUAUGA